AUGAUGACGCGAUGCCUAACCUAUUCCGCAGCGUUUCGUUACUCUCCAGAUCCGGCGUUGAUGGUGCUUAACGCAAUCUAUGGCUCGAGCAAAACUCCCUCAUCGGGGAAAACUGUUGAUGUAAGAUCCGAGUUCAACUCUGAGGAGCUUUCACGUUACGUCAUCAUGAUUGCUAAGUACAAGCAAGCGGCUUUGGUUUGUAACAAGAAUGGUUUAGAUAAGAAAAGAAUUGGAGAGAUCAUCACGAAGCUUUUGAGUACUGGUGAGCCACUUCAAGCUCUAACUCGUUUGUAUAAGCCUGCGAACGAGAAUCAAAACCUUUUUUAA